CAAUUAACAGAACAACAACAAAUACACGACAAUAAAGACUGAAGGCUAGAGCGAGAGCAAAAACAAAAACAAAUUAUUUAAUUUUCGACACUUAACCAAAAGGAAUUUCAAAUCAAGCAAACAAAAUUGAACGUAAAAUUAUAGUAAUAUACAGAUUUUCGCUCUUCUCUUCUUCUGCUCACAAUUCGACUGAUUUGGAUGCCAACACCAAAAACAAACUACCAACAAUAACAAUAACAAAGAGAAGCCUUGUGUGAUAUAAUGUCGCGUACACUGAGUCGUUUAUUUGGACGCUGUUUAAUAAGCAAUGCACAUGCGAAGCCCCUGCAGGAUAACACGAUGCGCACCGUGCUCAGCGUUAAGCCAAUACAAAUCGCCUGCUCCUCCAUCGUCUUCUACUCAAAGCGCAACGGUCCGCCGUCCGAUGCAGGCGAGUCAUUUAAAACUGUGACCAAGUCGCGCAGAGUCGAUAAUGAUGACACGAACAUCUUGGAGGGCGAACCUAAUUGGGAGCUGACAUCGAAGCGUCACAAUCGCUUUUAUUUACCAAAUGCCAUUGGACCCGCCUGGCAGGGCGACACAUCGACCGUCGGUUUGAUGGAGCCACUAGCCCAACUAGUCAAUUUUUUCAAGGACGACAAUGUGGAUCGAUCACGCCUAGAGUUUUCGUGCUGUCAGUGUCCAACAUUGAUACGCGACUCAAUCUUUGAGCUGUUUCCAGUGCGUGCAAUUGGACAGCGCGAUUAUGCUAUCACACUGCUCACACUCAGCUACGAGGGCGACAUUGAACAAGGCGCAGCCAAGUUUGUGCUGGCCGCUAGAGAAAUAAGUGAUCGCCUAAUGUCAUUGGGCUACUGGUCGGACUUUUUGAAUCCGUUCAGCGGACGACCAUAUUUUCUGCCACGAGAUGCCUCCAUAUUGUACAAACAAGACUCACGCUUUCGUGGCGUCAAUAUGCGAUUAUCCAAUUAUAAUGACUGCGUCCUUAUUGCGCCCGAGGAGAAUGACAAGACAUGUUUCUCGGGCACCAUCUUUUGCACAGCGCCCAACAAUUAUCCCAUGCUGGUGGAGCUGCUAGCGCCCACAGAGUUUCAAAUGCGUGUGGCACCCGAUCCCGAAUGACACAACACUGCAACAAGCAAGGCGACUGCAUAGUUUUUAGUAGUAUAAUUUCAAAUUCUACACACCUAGUGAGAAUUAUCAUCAAUCAACAGCAGCAUGAGCAGCAAGAGACGAUAAACUAAUUGAAAGACGAAGACGUUGACGUAGCCGUAGCCGUUUAGUGAUUGACAACUGUGUUAAUUGUCAAGUUAUUUGUUUUCUUUUGGACUGUGUACACACAACAUUAAAAUUGAAACAUUUUGCGUACGCAUAAUACAUGAUCUAAUCUAGUAAACAGUAGUACUAUAUAUAUGUAUGUAUGUAUAAUAUUGUAUAUAUAAACAUGCAAUUUUGUGAUCUAUUCAAGUCAAUUUGAGAUUUAAGUGAUGGCCACCUGAUUGCAGUGUCUUUCAAUGUCCUUUAGCCGAUUAAUCAGCGAAUGUAGCUCCUCGGCAUUGCACAUGAACUCCACAAUGGUGACACGCUCGCCGCUACUCUGGCGAUACUGCCCCAGAUUGAUGUGGAAAUGCGGGGCACCACUGCUACUGCCGGAAGUCGAGGAUUUCACAUCGCAAACGAUGCGCCACUGCACAUCGGUGAUGUGUGGAAAACUGUGACCCAACUGCAGUUGACGCAGCACCAGCUCCUUGCGAUUGUCCUCAUAGACGCGUGUCAGCUCAUCCAGUGCGCUGGCAUGUAGCCCAUGAGCUUCAAGCUGCUGGCGCAGCGUUCCACUGUCCCAUCCAUGUUUGGUGGCUACCGCAUAGAGCGUGACUACAGCAUAUUCACUCUGUUUGGCGCUGGCAGCAUUCGUUGCGUAUAUUUCUGGCACUGGUGCAAUAACUACGAGCAGCAGAUAUUACAAUCAUUGUUCAGAGUGGGUGUGUAUGUUGCUUACUUGCAUCUGGAUGGAGCGUCAAUUUCAUUGAAUUGGCAAUAAGUGUUUUGCUGAUGGCUGCGUUUAGUGUGGUGCCCAGAUUCUGUAGACCGGCCACAACUGUGGCGGAGAGCAGGCCACUGUUGUUGGCAUCUUCUGAGUUUGCGUUAGAUGUGGAAGACUGCGUUGCGGUGGCCAUAUGAACAAAUUACAAAAUUUUGCAG